AUCAAUCAUUUUAAACAUUGCAAAAGGUUUAAAGAAAAAAGUUGAAAAAUGUCAAAAGUUCCAACGUAUGAAGAUUUCUGUGUCGACGGAAAAAAAGUUGUUGAUUACAUUUGCGACUAUGUCAAAGACAUCGCUAAACGAGAUGUGAUUGAUUACAGUUUGAAGCCGAAUUUUUUGCAUUCAAGGCUUGCAAAAGAAAUGCCUGUAAAAGGUGAGAAAUUCGACAAGAUCAUGACGGACUUCAACAGGAAAAUAAUGCCGGGAGUGUUGAAUUGGAUGCAUCCAAACUUUUAUGCAUAUUUUGGAGCUGGGAAUGCUUACCCUUCAGUGAUUGGAGAAAUGCUAAGCUCGGCAAUAUCAAGUGUAGGAUUUUCAUGGGCGUCAUGUCCAUCUUUAACGGAACUUGAGCAAAUUGUUCUUGAUUGGUUUGCAAAAGCAUUGGAUCUUCCGCCAUUCUAUCUUAGUAAAACACGCAAUUUAUCAAGUAUCGGUGGUGGAGCGAUUCAAAAUUCAGCAAGCGAUUCAAUCUUUGCAGCGAUGGCUGCAGCCAGACAUCGUGCAAUAAAAACAUUGCAAGACCAAGACAGUGAUCGUGAUGCACCACCAAGCAAAUAUUUACCAAAAUUAGUAUGUUUUGCUUCACUUAAUGCACACAGCUCUGUUGAAAAGGCAGCAAAAAUUUUGAUGGUGAAACUUUAUGCUGUUGAACCUAAUCAGGAAGAUUCUAUGACAGCAGUGGCACUUGAAAAGGCGAUAAAAGAAACAAGAGAUAAAGGAUUGGUUCCAUUCUUUGUUCUGUCAACAGCAGGGACAACUGGUCAAUCUGCAUUCGACGAUAUCGAGAAGAUUGGAAAUGUUUGCAAGAAAUAUCCAUCAAUUUGGUUUCAUGUUGAUGGGGCUUAUGGUGGUAACAGUUUCAUAGUUCCAGAAAUGCGUCAUUUAAAGCGUGGAAUGGCAUUGACUGAUUCGUUUAAUGUUAAUCCAAAUAAGCUUUUGUUAACAGCAUUUGAUUGCUCUUGUUUGUGGGUGAAAGAUAUGAAAACAUUCUUGGAAGCAUACAUUGUUGGAUCUGUUGAUAUUGAAGAUCAGAUCAGCACGGGAAUUGUUGAUUUACAUAAUUUUGGUGUUCCGUGGAGUCGACGAUUCAGAGCAUUGAAAUUGUAUUUCAUGUUUAGAAUGUAUGGGCUAAAAGCUCUUCAAGAUUAUAUCAGAAGAGUGAUUAAAGUUGGUGAACAUUUCGCACAAUUGGUUAAAGCUGACACCCGAUUCAGGGUUAAAAAUAAACCAAUUCUUGGUCUGGUUUGUUUCAGACUUGUUGGGAAGUCUGACGAGACAAGAAGAAUGGCAGCUCUACCAUCGCCAGUUGACAGAUUGAAUGAAAUUUUACUUAAGAAGUUGAAUGAAACUAACAGCAUCCAUCUUAUUCCAUCACAUGCACAAGGGAAGUAUGUAAUAAGAUUCGUUGCGAAUCAAGAAAAUUGCAGUGAAGAACAAGUCGAGAAAGCUUGGAGACUUAUUCAAGAAACUGCGACAAAAGUUCUUAGUUCGUCUUCACCUCAUUCAUCAAGCAUGAUUAUGAACGAUCCGUUUUCAAAAACACGUUACUUGACUAGUGAACAACAUGAAAGCUCUCCCAGACGCAUGCUUUGGGAUGGAGCUUCACCAGUUACAAUCAUUACAGAUAAAGACGAUGACGAAGAUGAAGAUGAAGACGAUGAUGAUGACUUUUGAAGCAGAAAAUAAAUAAUUUCAUAUUAUAUUCACAUAUCUAUUGUAUUGUAUUGUAUUCUUGAGCUUAUAUAAAAUAAAUCGACACAAACAUUUUAACAACAAAUCUUGAAC